CUUCGGGGAUUCCCGGUCCCGGAGUGAGCAUGGGGACUCCUGUGGGCGCCGGGACCCGUCCCACGGGCGCUGGAACUGUUGAAGGCGUGGGGAUCCCUCCGGGCCUGCAGACUGACUUCGAGACGCUGCUCAGCCGCUUCCAAGAGAUGGACAGUGUGCGCUUCGAGGACUUCACGGAGCUCUGGCGCAGCAUGAAGUUCGCGACCAUCUUCUGUGGCAAAAUGAGAAAUUUAAAAAAGAACAUGUUUACAAAAGAAGCUUUAGCUUUGGCGUGGCGCUACUUUUUGCCUCCACACACGUUCCAGAUCCGAGUUGGCGCUUUGUAUCUUCUGUACGGGUUGUACAACACACAACUGUGCCAGCCGAAACAAAAGAUCAGAGUUGCCUUGAAGGACUGGGAUGAAGUUGUUAGGUUUCAGCAAGACUUGAUGAACGCACAGCAUUUCGACGCGGCUUUUGUUUUCAGGAAGCUUCGGCUGGACAGAGCCUUCCACUUCACAGCGAUGCCCAAGCUGCUUUCGUGUAGAAUGAAGAAAAAAGUUCAACAAACUGAAGUGACACAGAAAUUUAAGGACCCGAAUGAUCGUGUAAUGAAACUUAUCACUUCUGAUGUAUUAGAGGAAAUGCUGAAUGUUCACGAUCAUUAUCAAAAUAUGAAGCAUGCUAUUUUAGCAGACAAGUCCAUGUCAGACAAAGCUCUCAGUCUGGUAAAGGAGGAUUUUUUUGACAACAUUAAGAACAUAGUUUUGGAGCAUCAGGAGUGGCACAAAGAACAGAAGAAUCCCUCCCUAAAACCCAAACUUAAAGAUGGAGAAGAGAAUGGUGAAGGCACUUCAGAGGAGCCAGAGAGAUGUGAAAGAGCAGUGUCUUUAGCGAAAAUAAAAGCGAAAGCCUUUUCAGCUGUUGUCCCGGUGUCCAAGUCCAGGAGGCAUCGCCAGUCCAAGCUUGACUCUUCUGACCCUGAUUCCGGGUCUGGACAAGUGCAAGGCAGAGCAGCUGAGAGGAAGAGAGCCAGAGAACCAGCAGGGCCAGCAGGAAGGAAGAGGUCUUCCAGGAGCAAAGGUAAUGCUCCGAAUGAACGUAAGGAAGAGAAGUCUUUACGCCUGAGUAUGCCUAUUAUUACAGAGGAGGAGGAGGACAUGGAUGGCUUCAGCAAAGCAGAGUUCACUGCACCCAAGAGGAAGAGAAAAUGCUGAGCCAGGAGGCUGAUGGAGUUUUAAACUUUGAGCUUUCCAACAGAAGAAAUGGUGUCAUGUUGUGUUCCGAGCAGGACGUAGCCAGUGAAGACUGAGUCUGAGAACGAGGUCAUUUCUGUGAAGUGCAAGAGCCUGUCACAGGCCAAGAGUUGAGUAAAGUUUACUCUGAAGGUUAAUUUUAAUAUUUUUGUUAAUAUUGCAAUUUUAACAAAUUAUAUUGUAGUUUGUUACAAAAUAAAUUGUAAAUGUGUUAAACUUGUUAAACUUGUUAAAGGUCUGUAUGAGUGGAGAUAGAGUUUCUGUUACCUUUGGAAUGUAAUAGAAAGAAUUGUAUAUUUGUGAGUUAGUACUCUUUCCUGAAAGUUUUUGUGCAGUACUUAAUGCAGUGCUAUAAUAUUUACAAUUCUGUUUUUAAAACAUUGCUUUAAAAUAUUGUUUAUAUAUAAAUGAUUCAUACCUGUCACCUAGCAAUGGAUUUGGCUGUGGUUUUUGUUGAAUAUUUUGUGUUAUGGUUAAGUACAAUAAAAAUUUUGCCCCCUUGUUUUAUCUCCUAGUGUGUGAAAUUUUCAUGGUCAAUAACUUGACUAAUAACUUAGUAAGUUCCCACUGCUUUUCUGCUUAAUGAUGUGUCCCUUACUUCCUCAUUUAUUUAGACAGGGUCUGCCUGUGUAUGCUAGGCUGGCCUUGAACUCUCCAUAGAGUACUACCUCGCUCGGUCUCCUCACUGCUGGGAUUAUAGAUAAUGCACCGUCGGGCUUCACUCCUUACCCUCUUUAGUAUUUGCUUUAAAGUUCCCAUUGGUCUACUGUAUAUGAAUGCAUAGGUACCUGUGUGUGUGUCCUUGUCUACACAUAAGAUUAAUUAGUACACUGUUCAAUGCUUAUGUACUGUCUAAUAGGCCCGUAGGAGCAGUCAUGUAGAUUCUGAAACGUGUCUUUGACACAGAACUUUUGUAAAUCACAGAAAAGAUGUCUAUAGUCAU